AUGGAACAGUCCACUAUCAAUCUCGACGACAGCCCCUUCAGCACCCUCGACGUGUGGUGCGACUGGAAUGGCGAUCCGGAGGAACCAGUGUCCAUCACAAUAUCCAUGGAGGCCUGGACCCGUCCCAACCUUAAUCUACCAAUUCUCAACGCCCAGUCGCCGAAUGUUACCCGUGGCCCAAAGGAAGCCAUCUAUUUGAAGGCUGACAUCCCCGAUUCCGAUAUCCCUACCCCACCAGAGAAGGAAAAUCGGGUGCCCAGCCAAUACAAUGACGACACUGAGCUCUACUCGGUCACAGGUCGCGUCACUUCCUAUUCUGAGAGUGUUGUUGUGCAUGAUGGUUCGCGAGAUGACGGCUCUACCUUUCCGGUUGACUAUGCAGCAACCCAAGAUGAUGCAUCUGAUAUUCCCCAGGGUGUCUCCCGUCAUGAUGUUGAUAUCUCGACCAUGUACACCCAGGUUGACAGUCCGGAUAGCCCGACUUCCCCCAACCCUCGCAAAAGAUCAGCCAAGACUGCCUCCCUGCCCGACUCGAUUCCUCCCGAGGAUGAGUACAAUGGCAACCGACACAAACUUGCAAUGACUACAAUCGACCCCCAGCCGCAACAAAAGCCCCCAUCGCAGACUCCCAGCAUCCCCAGCACACCUAGCACCCCCAGUAAACCCGGCAAGACUAGCAGUUCUAUUCCUAUUAGCACCCGCCGUUCUGCCAAUUUGCACAGACACAGCGCGACAUCUGGGAAUACCACGUCGCCUGAGACAUCGGCUCGAGAGCCGAGGGCAGACUUGUCGAGUGUUCAAUCCGAGCCUCUUCCAUUGAAAGCCAAGAGAGCUACGGUCGAAAAUAUACUCGAUGAAACUCCUGCUUGGCACGAUCCAGAAACUCCCCCCAAUAAGGUUGAAAUGAGCAGCACCGAGCCGCUUACCGAAGCAAAUUUGUUUCAGCGAAACCGUGAUACAAGUUCUCUGCGUGUAUGCAACGGGAGCCUUCCUGACACUGAUGGCAGUGAUGAGGAAAACGAGGACCUACCUCACUCUCUUAGCCCCCUCGGAUCGUCGUCAAAAUUCUCGAGUCGUGAGUUCAAUCAACUCAAUCAGUCCCAGUUGCAUCUUCCGCGGUUCUUAUCCGCAAAACUCGCCCCAAAGAACGACCCCAAGCUCGUCUUGGAUAAUGGCAUCCUUUACCUGCAGACUUCUCCCAACGUCCAUCCUGCGACCUACAAAAUCGGAAUCAUGCUCAAAAUCAGGCUGCAGAGAGGAAAAUCGAACAACUGGUGGGAGUUGGUUAUCAGUGGACUGCCUCGACUUGCCCAAUUCGAAUCUGGCUAUCUCUACUUCCGAACACCGCCGGGCCAGGGAAUGGAGUUCGUGACUUCGUCUUUCAAAAGACAUACUCUGGUAGAAAGCUGUUUGAUGGCCCAAUUCGACGGCGGGAAAAGCCUCGUGGCCCCUUUCCGCAAGUGCGAUGCCAAAUCCUACGGAUAUCUCAAAGACUACAAAGUCAACACGGUCAUUCAGGCGGAGAUGGCAGAGGCCAGAGACCCAUCGCUCUAUGUCAUUAAGUACAAUGCAGUUUGCUCCAUUGACCUCAUCAACCACAACUUCUGGGCAGAGAAGUGUAGGUUCCAUCUGGAUGUGCAUGGUGGCCCGGAAGGCUACUUCGAUGGCGUCCUAGAUGCCGAAAAGCCUUUGAUGAACAUUCUUCGGCUAAAGUCCGCAUCGACUGACCGGGUUGGAAUCUCGCAUAUGGAUAUUAUUAGCAUUCCUCAGGCUCUGGGCAUGUUCACGGUGACAUGGGAAGUUGCGCUUCCGCGAGACAAGGCUGUCACCUGGCUGCCAUGGAUCAAAAGCACGUUAAGCAACCUGGAUGUUGAGAAUGCCCUCAAAGAGGAUUAUGCCCUGUUUAACACCAAGCCCAGCCAUGUCUACUUGGAGAAUAAGAAGGUUGUGACUUCAUUUCAAGCUCCAUGUUCCCGGCCUGGUGCCAUCCAUCGUUCCGAGCCUGAGUUGUCUAGGCCCCUAGCUACAGAGAUUCUCGCUCCAAAUUCCCUGCUGGGUGAAGAUAUCUGCAUUCACAACUAUGAAUUUAAUGGGAAUCCAUUUGCUGGCAAUCUAGUCUUCGGUUCUCCGGUUGCCCAAUCUUCAGUCACGGAAACUCCAGCCAUAUUUUCAUCGGGUCAAGUCCAUGACAGCAAGCUUAAAACUUUUGGCAACCCAUCUCCCGAAGUCUCAGUCUCCCAGUCUACGAUUGCCAAGCCUACAGAUCCAGUGGAAAUAGUUGCCAAGCUUACAGCCGCCGAGACUCCGAUUGCUAGCCCAAAGAAGCCGCACUAUGCUGUACGCGUGCUAUGGGGCCUGUGGUCUUUGAUAGAGUCCCUUUUCUACUGGCUUACUCUGCUGGCGUCGGUCCACAUCAUAUAUCAGUCGUACAUGCUACUCAAUAAUAGUUCGCGUCUUGAUUCCAUUAUCGUCCGCUCCCGAUGUCCAAAACAGAACGUGUGUAUCCAUGACUCAAAUGGCUUCGUCGCAAGAGCACUCACCUUUGCUGAGCUGGCGACAGAACUGGAUGGUCUCUUGGCUGGGAACAACUCUCGGUUGGAGUUGACAGGAGAUGAAAACAAACAGAUAGUGAACGCCACCAUUGUCAACGAUGCUCUUGCCGAUACCACCUUCGUUGACCCGGCUAUUGUCGACACGCCCAUUGUCGGCAUGCCCAUUGCCGAUACACCCAUUGUCGAAAACACCGUGGUCCAUACUGUCCCAAUGCCCCUGAGGGAUCGUAUUGACUACUUUCUCGGAUGGCGGGGACCAAUCGAGAGAGGUUAA